GCACUGAGGCGCCGCCGCCGCCGCCGCCGCCGCGGCUGCUGCAGGAGGCGGCGCUGGCUGGCGGCUGCGCUCGCUCCAGUCGGCGAGCGGAGCAGCGAGCGAGCGUGUGUGUGUUUUUUAAAGAUGGCCGGAGCGGCGGCGGCGGUGGCCGCGGGAGCAGCAGCUGGAGCCGCCGCGGCAGCCGUGUCGGUGGCGGCUCCCGGCCGGGCCUCGGCGCCUCCGCCGCCCCCGCCCGUGUACUGUGUGUGCCGGCAGCCGUACGACGUGAACCGCUUCAUGAUCGAGUGCGAUAUCUGCAAGGACUGGUUCCACGGCAGCUGUGUUGGAGUAGAAGAACAUCAUGCUGUUGACAUUGACCUGUAUCACUGUCCCAACUGUGCAGUUUUACAUGGUUCCUCCUUGAUGAAAAAAAGGAGGAACUGGCACAGGCAUGACUACACAGAAAUUGAUGAUGGUUCCAAACCAGUGCAAGCUGGAACUAGAACUUUCAUUAAGGAAUUACGCUCUCGAGUCUUCCCAAGUGCCGAUGAAAUAAUUAUAAAGAUGCAUGGCAGCCAGCUGACACAAAGAUAUCUGGAGAAACAUGGAUUUGAUGUCCCUAUUAUGGUCCCAAAAUUAGAUGAUCUAGGACUCAGGCUCCCUUCACCUACAUUUUCUGUGAUGGAUGUGGAACAUUAUGUAGGUGGUGACAAAGUGAUAGAUGUCAUUGAUGUGGCGAGGCAGGCAGACAGCAAAAUGACACUUCACAAUUAUGUUAAAUACUUCAUGAAUCCUAACAGACCAAAAGUGUUAAAUGUGAUCAGCCUUGAAUUUUCAGAUACAAAGAUGUCUGAAUUGGUGGAGGUCCCUGAUAUAGCCAAAAAACUUUCCUGGGUGGAAAAUUAUUGGCCAGAUGAUUCAGUCUUUCCCAAGCCAUUUGUUCAGAAAUAUUGCUUAAUGGGAGUUCAAGACAGCUAUACAGAUUUCCACAUUGACUUCGGUGGAACUUCAGUCUGGUACCAUGUCCUCUGGGGUGAGAAGAUUUUUUAUUUAAUAAAGCCAACAGAUGAAAAUUUGGCACGUUAUGAAUCUUGGAGUUCAUCUGUGACCCAGAGUGAGGUGUUCUUUGGAGAUAAGGUGGAUAAAUGCUACAAAUGUGUGGUAAAGCAGGGACAUACCUUAUUUGUUCCUACAGGGUGGAUCCAUGCUGUGCUCACUUCUCAGGACUGUAUGGCUUUUGGGGGGAACUUCCUGCACAACCUUAACAUUGGCAUGCAGCUCAGGUGUUAUGAGAUGGAGAAAAGGCUAAAAACACCAGAUCUUUUCAAAUUCCCUUUCUUUGAAGCCAUAUGUUGGUUUGUAGCCAAAAACUUGCUGGAAACCCUGAAAGAACUGAGAGAAGAUGGUUUCCAGCCUCAAACUUACCUAGUACAGGGAGUGAAAGCACUGCAUACUGCUUUAAAAUUAUGGAUGAAAAAAGAACUUGUAUCUGAACAUGCCUUUGAAAUUCCAGACAAUGUUAGACCUGGACACCUUAUUAAAGAACUUUCUAAAGUAAUUCGAGCAAUAGAGGAGGAAAACGGCAAACCAGUUAAAUCUCAGGGAAUUCCUAUUGUGUGUCCAGUUUCACGAUCCUCAAAUGAAGCAACUUCCCCAUACCAUUCCCGAAGAAAGAUGAGGAAACUUCGAGAUCAUAAUGUCCGAACUCCUUCUAACCUAGACAUCCUAGAGCUCCACACAAGGGAGGUCCUCAAAAGAUUAGAGAUGUGUCCAUGGGAAGAGGACAUCUUGAGCUCUAAACUGAAUGGAAAAUUCAACAAACAUCUCCAACCAUCCUCCACAGUACCUGAAUGGAGAGCGAAAGAUAAUGAUCUACGAUUACUGCUGACAAAUGGAAGAAUAAUUAAAGAUGAAAGGCAGCCCUUUGCAGAUCAAAGUCUUUAUACAGCAGAUAGUGAAAAUGAAGAGGAUAAAAGAAGGACAAAAAAGGCAAAAAUGAAGAUAGAAGAGAGUUCAGGAAUAGAGGGAGUAGAACAUGAAGAAUCUCAAAAACCACUGAAUGGGUUUUUUACACGUGUGAAAUCAGAACUCAGGAGUAGAUCAUCAGGAUAUUCUGAUAUUUCUGAGUCAGAAGACUCCGGACCCGAGUGCACUGCACUGAAAAGUAUCUUUACCACUGAAGAGUCUGAAAGUUCAGGUGAUGAAAAGAAACGAGAAAUAACAUCCAACUUUAAGGAGGAAUCUAAUGUGAUGAGGAACUUCCUUCAAAAGAGCCAGAAGCCAUCUAGAAGUGAAAUUCCAAUUAAAAGGGAAUGUCCUACCUCGACAAGCACAGAGGAAGAAGCUAUUCAGGGCAUGCUGUCUAUGGCAGGGUUGCACUAUUCCACGUGUUUACAAAGGCAAAUACAAAGCACAGACUGCAGUGGUGAAAGAAACUCUCUCCAGGAUCCCAGCAGCUGCCAUAGCAGUAACCAUGAGGUUAGGCAGUUGUAUCGCUAUGAUAAACCAGUGGAAUGUGGAUACCAUGUCAAGACUGAAGAUCCAGACUUGAGGACUUCCUCCUGGAUUAAACAGUUUGAUACUUCCAGAUUUCAUCCUCAGGACCUAAGUAGAAGCCAGAAAUGCAUCAAAAAGGAAGGUUCAUCAGAAAUUAGUCAGAGGGUACAAAGUAGGAAUUAUGUGGACAGCAGCGGCUCAAGCCUUCAGAAUGGAAAGUAUAUGCAGAAUUCAAACCUGACUUCGGGGGCGUGCCAGAUAAGUAAUGGCAGUCUAAGCCCAGAAAGGUCAGUUGGUGAAACUUCCUUCUCGGUGCCCCUUCACCCCACCAAGAGACCGGCAUCAAAUCCACCACCUAUCAGCAACCAGGCAACAAAAGGUAAACGUCCAAAAAAAGGAAUGGCAACAGCCAAACAACGUCUUGGGAAGAUCCUUAAGUUGAACAGAAAUGGCCAUGCACGUUUCUUUGUGUGACAGAGCUGCUGUUGCAGCCAUUCUUCCCUUUGGAGACCAGUCUAGGGGUGCAGGAGCCUGGAGCUUCCGCUGUCGCCCUGCCUGGAGCAGUUUGUGUGUAUAGUAAGAACACUGCCCGAAGAACAGAAUGAACCUGAUGCUGCAUUUUCACUGUGCCACACCCACUCAGCAAUAACCAUUUUGGACCUGGUGGGGGAGAGGAAGAAGGAGGGUAGAACCUUAAAAAGAGACCUUGAACUGAAAAGGGUCUCUUGUCAGGGCUUGAAUUUUAUUUUGUUGUUGGUAGUGUCUUGAUGUAUUUUCAGUGGUAGGGUAAAGAAUUAUCAAUAAUUUAUUUAACAGAUUUUUCUUUAAAGUUAACAGCUUUUAAAUUCUUUUUUUAAAGCUAUUUAUUUGGAAGAUUUCUGGAGAAAUAUCUCACUAAUUUAGAUGUAAGAAUGUGAAGGUUUUUAAAUUAUUUUUGAUAGUGUGUGUGUUACAUGUGGGGAAGGGCCACAGUAACAGUAACUAGUCUGGACUCUUAAAUUUGAUAUUCAGGUUAAAGUCUUAAACAGGGAUUUGAUGCAUUAAUUAUUUUAAAUUAAGAUGUAUAUGAAAAUCAUUUUAUUUUAUAUAUUUCAUGUGUUUUUUAUAAGCUAUUAGCUUCGCUUUUGCUAACAUCCAAGGUGCAUACUGUUAUCCAGGUUGAUUACCUUAUAUCCCACCUUCCCUCUGCACUCCCCAUCAUUUUGUGAUGACCCAGUAAGACUCUUCUCUUUGCAGGGAAACACUUUCGUAGCCAAUGUGUAAGAACUCCAUGAAAGAUCCCUCAUUUCUCAUUUCGUUUGACAUUGUGAUUUUCUUCUCAACAUUAAAAAAAAUAGGCUUUUGCAUUUUCAUUUCUGCUGAUGAUAUCUGGGUCCCAAAGAGAACAGCUUUAAUAUAUUUUUCCUACUUGUGGGAAAAGUAUUAUAAGUUUGGUUAAAUUGUCAUGUUUAUAGUUUUUCCAAAUACAUUUGUAACUACAGCAGGCCUUCUUCGUACUGCUGGUGUUGGACAACAGGACUGACACCUGCUGCGGAGGUUAUACCUUAUGAUGCUUUUAUUCUCCAUACCUGAUUUGUUGGAAAAUGUUAUUUGACUUAGGAUAUUCAAAUCUGCAUAAUAAGCCGUAAUAUAAUAGGUUAAUACUACAUUAAGUUGUAUAGAAGCAAGCAUGUUGGAAUAGAUCUUUUGUGUGUAUUUACUUUUUUUAUUUCUUAAUUUUCUAAAGAAUUACUUAAGAUAUGGAUUUGGAGUAAAAUGGGUGCUUUUGGCAGUUUCUUCCAUCUAUCCUAACCUGACCAGUACAUAUUGAGGUUAAGUAUCUGGUUAAACUUUAAGAUAUUCAUUUAUCUCCUUUAUGUAUGAUUUUUACUAAAUGCCAGUUUUCAUUUGCUUAUAGUAGCUUCUAUUUUCCCUUUUUUCCAUCCAUGGCAUAAAAAUAAGUGAUUUCUGGGGGUGGGGCAGAAAUGUUCCCAAGUCUGACAAUAGAGCAUUUUACAGAUUCCUACAAAGAGAAAAUAUAGGCAAAUAGAUAAAAUUUAUUUUUAUGGAGAAGAAAUAUGGCCAUAUUAUGGAUUUGUCUUUUUUUUACUCAGCAAGAUAGCAGGACUUACCCUUCUCUGUUAAGUGUCACUUGAAUUGCUAAGAAGAAAAAAGUCUGUACCAUCAUCUUUCAUGGUUGCAUUCAAAUGUGUAUUUUCAAAGAGAAAUACUUCUUAGUGUCCCCAUUCCAAAAUGUCAUGGGAUAAAUAUGAAAUAGUUUAUGAAGUAGCCUUUCUGGUUCAGAGUGACUGGACCAAAGUCUGAAUCUUAUCUGGGUAUCAGGAAAAAGAAUUUUUAUGGAAAUCCUCAGUGUCUAUAAACAACCCGUGUAAACCCUGUCUACACUAUGCCAAAACCAGUGGAAAGAUGGGUAGAGUCAUCUUAUCUCAGGAUGUCAAAAAUCUGGGUUUGACUGAUUCCCCUACCUUCCCACACAGUAUAUUCUUGUGAUUUUUGCUUUUCUGUAGAUCCUGAGUUGGUGUUACAAUAGUCAUGUUUUUAUUUUGGGUUAAGAAAUAAGAGGUGUAAGAGCUAUAAUUUCCUUUUCGUGUUAUAUCAUGAUCUGGGUUUUCUUUUUUCCUUUACGUUUUUCUUUUUUUUUUUUUUUUUUUUUUUUGAGACGGAGUCUCGCUCUGUCGACCAGGCUGGAGUGCAGUGGCGCGAUCUCGGCUCACUGCAAGCUCCGCCUCCUGGGUUCACGCCAUUCUCCUGCCUCAGCCUCCCGAGUAGCUGGGACUACAGGCGCCCGCCACCACGCCCGGCUAAUUUUUUAGUAUUUUUAGUAGAGACGGGGUUUCACCGUGUUAGCCAGGAUGGUCUCGAUCUCCUGACCUCGUGAUCCACCCGCCUUGGCCUCCCAAAGUGCUGGGAUUACAGGCGUGAGCCACCGCGCCCGGCCUCCUUUACGUUUUUCACAGCUCUUGAGUGUUUUCUAUUUUUUUCUUUAGUCACGAAAAUUAAAAUUAAACUUUAUUUUUAUGAAUUAAAAUGAAAUUUAAUUUAUUUUUAUGAAUUAAAAUUGUGGCCAGUAUCCACUGUGUCCUUAGGCUGAGAAGUACUAAUUUGGAGUAGCCCGUGUGUGGAAUUCUAAAGUGAAGGUACUGUGGAUUCAUUUUUAGUAGUUUUAGCCCCUUAAUAAGUGGCUAAGUUAGAAAACUUUCAGCGAGGUAAUAGAACCACUCGAAUAGAAUCCAUGUGUCUUUUUCUGAAUUGGUGAAAAUUCGGCCAGUGAUCCAGUGACUCCUGGUCAAACGUCUUAUAACAUUACUAGCCAUAAUGCAUCCCUUUAUCUCAUGGAAAUGGCUGAACUUUGUGGUAGCUGCUGCGAGUACCUGGGCUUAACAGUAAUAGAGAACCUCAUUUAUACCAUACAGACACAGCAACUUAGGAAGACAGCACUGAUAGCAUUUAGCUAGUUGUAACCAAAUACAAAUAUGUAAAAUUGAGAAUUAUGAUUUAACAUAUGCAACUUUAAUAAUAGUAAUAGAUGAUAAUUUUCCUGUAUUGUUUCAAAUAAGUGACUGUUCAGCUGGGAUCCAUUGGAUUAUAAUUUACAAUGUCACAUAAUAUUAUGCUUUUCAAUAUUGAUGAGUGAUGUAAACAAUAUAAAGUUGGCAGUUUGUAGUAGUUCAGUAUCCUAGAAAUACAUUGAACUUCAUAAGUAUCAGUUCAUUUUUAAGCAUACAGAAUUGAAGAUUCUGACUGAAAUCAUAAACUCAGAGGAAACAAGCCCAUCUUUAUCACUAAUUACUUAGCUUGAAUACUUUUCUAUUUUUAAAUAAUCCUAAUUAUUGCCUUUUCAAUAUAGUCUACUGUAUUUAUUUAUAUGGGAUCAACAGGUAUUUAUCAAACAUCUACUGUGUGCCCAGCACUACCUAGUACUGUUGGGGAACAUCAAUUUGCAGUUGUGGUCUCUGCCCUUGAAGGUAUCUUCUCCAGGAAAUUAGCAGUAUUAUUUUCACUUCUAAGCAAACAUGAGCAAAAGAGGACCUGUUCAUUAAAAAACAUCCUGACUUUUUUAGUUUCAACUGAGAUAUGCCACUGUAGAAGUGAAAGUAAUUUCACAAUUUAAGAAAUGCUUCAACUUGGUAAUUAAUAUGGUCAUACAGGGACUUGGUGUAGCAUGCAAGGAAGCAGAAGACCUGGGCUUUUGUCGAAGUUCUGCCAUUUAGGUAUCAGCUGUGUAACCUUGAAUAAGUCACUUAACUCUUUCUCUUAGUUUUUCUCAUUUGUAAAUUUGGAUUAAAGUGUUUAUUAUGAUAAUCAAUUAAGAAAAUCCCUUUAACACUUCAUACAUACAGAGAACUUAUCAUUAAGUUAAAACUGGCAAUUAAUGCACCUUUAUAUAUAUUUUUAAAUGAAAACUAAUACUAUUCAUGAUGUUUAUUUUAUAUCAAAUAUAUGCCCAGGGCAUGCUACUUUAAAAAUCCGAGGAAUCUCCAACAAGGUGCUGGAUUAAAAUCAGAUUUCGUGCUUGAAGUGGAAGAAAAAUGAAGUUGUUUAUGGAUAAGAGAGUGAGAAUGUGUAUCCUCAAGUACGUUAAGAUGAUUUAACUGAAAGAUGGCUUUAGGUUUUUCUUGAAGAAUUAGGAAAGUACCAUCCCCACAGAUUCAGCAUACUCUUCAGGUACUAGAUAAAGGUGAAGGACGUCAUGGAAUUAAAAUGACUUAGCAACUCCCCAGGGAACUUGUGGGGAGAAUGAGGUGGUUAGAAAGGUGAGAAUGCACAAAGACAGCUCUGGGUUGGGUACCAACAGUUUGCUUGGUAGAAAGAAACCAGUGUAGGAAAGGAGACGCCACCAGACGUCUUCAACAGACAAGAUUCUUUCUGCCUUUUUCAAAAGAUGCUCUCUGCAGCAGUAAGACUAUAGAUAGAGUUGAUUGGAAUAAUCAUGUGACCCAGUAUGCUACUGCUAGGCGUAAUUAUCAAAAAUUCAUUUUUCUCAUUAAAUAUUGUUAAUUGCUCGCCACAUAAAGAGAAGCUAGAGCUCACCAGUCUUGGUGGUGUCCUAGACCUUCCUCUAAAGCAGUCUUGGGAAGCUGGAGCAUCAGAUCUUUAGCCUAGACAGAGUGUCGCUGGUAAAUAAAGGAGACACAGGUAACCCAGAGUGGACAGUGAUUUGCGUGGGGAGACACAGUGGAUCUGGGGCCUCUGAUACUUUGCUUCCUAAAACAGCCCCCAGUUUUCGGCUUGCCCUAUGAGAUGAUGUUCAUGUGCUUCCUUGAAACCAGGUGGAAAGAAAGGGGAAGAAUUAAUUUUCUCAUUCUGUUGCUGUUGAACGUAAUGUAAUCUUAAUACUGUAGCCUUCCCAGAAGCCCUUCCCUCUUUUUCAUGCUGUAAAGUCAAAUAUUUGAUAUCCUUAACAUAAAUUUUAAAAAUUAAGGUCAUUAGGAAGCAAAUGUCUAUUUCCAAAGCAAUGAGCUUGUUGUGACUGUGAUUUUAUUCUUCUGUAGUAUUUUUUUCCUCAUUUUAAUUGAGAGGAGAAAAUAAUACUCUUUUGCAAUGUCCUUAGAUUCUCCCCUUCACCCUGGUGCCCCUUCUAGUGUCUUAAGACUUUGUCUUCACAAGUAUAACAUUACAUUUUGUUGUUAAAACCUUUCGAAACUGUAUUCAGUGAUUCUUCCAAGUUUAUCUGCUCUGCACUAUUUCACUAAUAAACCCUGGCUACCACGUAGCCCUUGAUCUCCAAGUAGUUUACCUAUGCAAGACCUGUGACACUCUGAAUUCACUUCUCUUUCUUUCAGAAAGUAGUCAUAAAUGGAGCUUAAUUAUAAAGGUAAAACUUGUCUCCAACCAGUUUCAUUUUGGCCAUUUCUUUUUCAAAAUGUCAGCUGUUUUCCUCCAAGAUUUUUCACCAAAACAAUGAUCAUAAGUGCUGGAAUAUAUAAUACUUUGCAGGCAUAAAAUAACCCAGACAUACUCUCAUAUUUCUUUGGUGUAUUUUGGUUGGUAAAACUUACCAGCAUUAAAUGUAAAAUAUGAUGAGGAGUUAAUUCCUUACCUAGAACCAUUUCUUCCUUUUAAGAUUCAUAAGUAACCUUUUAUUUUUACAAAGCUACGUAUAACUUCCACAUUAUAGUCAGGGACCUGAGGUGUAACUUGCUAAGUGAACCCCAAGGUUAUUUUAUCUUGCAAAAGAAACCUAAACCAAACUAAGGGCCUUACAGUUUAUGGUUAGACUGAAUCAAAAGCUAUAACCUCAAUUUUUCCAAAAACAGCUUCUGACUGCAAAAGCAAGUCAUACAGUUGUUAGGUAUGAAAUAGCACUGAUCAGGAAAUGCAUCUUCGCAGAUGCUAUUUCCUUCAGAAAAGACUUUUCUACUUUUAAUAUAAAUUAAGCCAUAACAGUUUCAUGCUGUGGAAAGAGGGUGAAAAGGUUCAUUUUAAGAGAUUAUAUAAUAUGAACUUUCACAUUUACUGUGAAAUGUCUAACUUUGCCAGUGCUUCAGCAAGUUUUUUUGGGGGGUGAUGGGGAGGGGUAGUAUUGGUUUUAGAGGUUUCAAAUCUGUGAACUUUGGAGAGGGGAAAGUUGUUGGCUCUGGUAUUUACUAGUUUUGUAGUAACGUUUUGCUAGCCUGACUGACUUUUCUUACUGGUUUUUAUGCCCACGGUCCGAGGGGACUGUUCUUCUUGUUUGGGGUGUCUGCGGAAUAGCGUCUCGUCUUGUUUGUAUAGGCAGUCAGUGUGUGUGACGUGUGUCCUUUCAGUCCGGAAGCCCACUGUGUGACAAUGGCGUGGGGUGUGGCUGGGAGGUGGGGUGCUGAAGCUUGAAGAGCAUUUCUUUGCUGAUUCAUAACAGUAUUUCCCAUCUUUUGCCUGCAGGCAGGGAAAGUGUACAGUAUUUAUUUUGUUUCCGUUUUACUUUAUAUUUGUAAGUCUUUAAGUAGCUUACAUUGAUUAUUAUAGGGGAGGACAAGUGACUUGUUUAAAGUUGUAUUUAGUAUUCUUUCCAAUUUCUGUAUUUUAAAAUAUUGAAAUUAAAAUUGUAUUACUUCUGUUUUGAUUUUUUUA